AUGCUGCAAUACGUCUCACUCCUUUCCUGUGCCCUGUUCACUCUUUUUCUGUCCUUCGCUAUAUCCAGAUAUCUGAGAAGGCCCAAUCUUGACAGCAUCCCAACGGUUGGUCCUGGUGGUCUGCUCACAUCAUACUGGGGGGCCUUGGUGUUUUUAUUUCAUGCCCGCGAGACGUUACAAAAGGGAUAUACCAAUUAUAAGGGCAUGGCCUUCAAGGUUCCGGGUUUAUUCUACUGGAAUGUCAUCCUCAGUGGUCCCAAGCUUGUUGAGGAAAUUCGAAAAGCCCCAGAAGAUUAUCUCUCUGCUCGUGAGGGAUUCAGCGAUAUUUUGAAACCAAAGUACACAUUAGGCCACGAGACUAUACAUAACCCUUACCACGUCUCAGUCAUCCUAACUCAACUCACUCGUAAUCUUGCUGCUCGAUUCCCCGAUAUUAUAGAUGAAAUCAAGACUUCAUUUGAUGAUAAUAUCCAAUUAGUUGACUACGAAUGGAAAAGCGUGCCUGCAUAUGAGACCAUCGUGCGGGUCGUAUGUCGGACGAGCAAUCGUGUCUUUGUUGGCCUCCCUCUGUGUCGUGAUCCCGACUGGAAUGACCUUGUAUCCGGAUUCGCCCUCGACGUCGUCAAGGUGGCCGUCACAAUUGGUUUAUUUCCUGACUUCGUGGCGCCUUUUGUAGGAAGACUUCUUUCGAACCUGCCUCGAUCCGUCCGGCGUGGGAUGAAGCAUCUGCAGCCUAUAAUAGAGGAACGUCAGAAGAAUCUGGACGAAUACGGGAGUGACUGGGAUGAAAAGCCGAAUGACAUGUUGUCAUGGCUCAUGGAUGAAGCCGAGGGAGAAGAGUGUUCGGUGCAGAACCUCACGAGACGUAUGCUAACAAUCAAUUUUAGCGCAAUCCAUACGUCUUCGAUUAAUUUCACACAUGCAUUAUUUUAUUUGGCUGCAAACCCUCAAUAUGUCGAACCAUUGCGAGAAGAAGUUGAAGCCACCAUAGAGGAAGAAGGUUGGUCAAAAAAUGCUAUUGCAAAGAUGCGAAAGGUGGAUAGUUUCUUGAAGGAAACACUAAGGUUCGAGGGCCUUUCUUUCGUAUCUAUGCUCCGCAAGGCUGUGAAAGAUUUCACGUUUUCCGAUGGAACUCUCGUACCCGCUGGCUCUAUGGUGUCUGUCGCAUCAUUCCCUACGCACCGUGACAAUGAAACGUAUGAAAAUGCGGACGUAUUCGAUCCUUUCCGAUUUGCAAAUGAGAAGCAAGUGAAAGAACAAGCUUGUCAACAGAUGGUCUCCACUAAUCCAGAGUUCCUAACGUUCGGGCAUGGAAAAAAUGCUUGUCCAGGACGCUUUUUCGCCGCAACUGAAUUGAAAGCGAUGCUAGCACACAUCGUCGUGACAUAUGAUGUUAAAUUCGAGAACAAGGGUUUACGACCAGCUAAUAUAACGUUCGGUGCAGCCAAUUCCCCCAACACGAAGGCAAAGAUCAUGUUCAGGAAACGUGUAGUGUAAAAUGACUUUCGGACUAGGACUGAUGGAGGUUGGAGAUGUAAAUCGAUACCAUAUAGCUUAUAGCUCGACUCUUUUUAUUUCUUUCAUUUAUAUAUAGUCCGUUUAUUU